AUGUCAUCCGGACCCGGACCCUGGAACUCAUCCCGCAGUAUCCCAGUCAGUGCGUCAUUCUUCGACACCGCGAGCGGCCGACCCGAGUCUGCCAUCUUCUCCUCAUCCCCGGUCCACACCUCCCGGCCGCUGUCCGGAGUGUAUACCACCACUGCCGGUCCUGCGUCGAGCAGCUCUUCCCACAUUUGGGACGCCCGGGCGGGCUACUCUCCCACGGACUCUGUGGACGACAUCAUCACCUCUCCCGGCCCGUCCGACUAUGGAUUCGAGAAUGGAGCUGCCGGCCUGUCUCUGUCCAGUAAUGGAAAGCCCUCUUCGUCCUCCAGGAGCGGUACUACCACGGGAAAAAGUGUCUCUGGCCGCCCCCAGCGGCGCCCGUCGAACCGGGACGAGUUUGACGGUCCCCAUCAGUUUCUGCAGCGGCCGCCGCCGAGCUACAUUGCCAUGCAGGAGCGUGACCUGCCGCACCUGCCGACCAACCUGCUCGUGCAGGAACAGGACAGUGUCCUAAAUCAAGUGAAUGACCGGCUGUCGCAGUGCGCCUAUGACUUUGUCGCAAAAUACCAAUUUCCUAUCCCUCUCACUCAGGACAUGAGGCCCGUCGAGCGCCCGCAGGAUCGGGAAUGGACCGAAUGGGUUUACUUACUCAAGCGGCUAGCAACCAAGAGGAGAAUUCCCGCCAGGGUUUUGUACAAUGGACAAAUUAAGCAAUUUGUCACCAUCUUGGAAAACUCGUUGGAGAUGCGCCACGCCGCAAAGCAUCAAUCAAGACCACUCAAGGAUGACAGAAACAUCCUUCAACUAAUCAGCGCUGGUAUCCAGGUGGCCAAAAUCUUGAAAGAUGCCGCCGCCAUGGACUACCUGGACAGGUUAUAUAUUUCAACAGAUCAACAGAUUAAGGAAAGAAGCGCUGCAGCCGCAGCUCGUUUCCGUUAA